UGUCCGGUUAGAUUGAUAUCUUCGCAAGGUAUUUACAUUUCAGUUAGUAUCACAAGCACAUAUCCCCCAUCAUGCCUCGCUGGCAAUGAGGACUUUUAAUGUCUACGAUCAUGGCAACAUUCUUGCUCAUCAAUCUGCCAGUGAUUCGGUCUCACAUCCGCCAAGUAAUGCCGUCCCGAACCUGUUCGUGCCUCCAGGUAAAAGCAUAACGCUUUUACCUCCAAUUGGAACUCCACCUAGCCCUUCCCACCAAACCAGAGAUGCGUCCAUAGUGCAGCAACCCGAGGCACGCCCCGAAUCCCUCAACCUUUCCCUUAGCAAACGGCAACCUCUUGACGUUACACUUCAUCUCCCACAAUCCGCGGUGGGAACGCAGGAGGUACAGUUACAAACGCUCUACGAACGCCUAGCCGAAAAUGAGCGGUCUCAACGUGCCCUUGCUGUCGAGACGGCAAGACUGCAUGGGCAGCUGAACGAAAGCUUUCGCUUUCAUGACGGCAUUCUGAGGGAUGAAGUUCAGAUGCGCAGAGUUCUAGAGGAUCACUUUCAGUUCCUUCGCUCCAUCGUUCGGCAUCUCCAGGACCAAUUUUCCGUUAUGUCUCAGCAACUGACCCUGGAACGCGAAGCUGCAUUUCACAGUAUCGAACUGACAAAAAUCCGUGCAGAAGAGCAUGAGCGUUUUGCUGAACUGAUGCGCAAGCGAGGCGAAGAAGAUGCCGAAAAGAUCGCAAUUUUAACCAAUGAAUUGAUACUAUCGAGGCGGGAGGUAGCGACGCUUCGCUCGGAUAUGGACGCACGAAUAACUAUGGCUAAUGAGGAAAUGAAGCGCUGCUCUGCUGGGCUUGAGAGAGUCGAUGGAGAUGGCACUCAGUGUAAGCACGAAAUCGAAGCCAUAAAGAUCAGUGUUGGCCAGAUGGAUGCCCGAAUCACCAAUUCCCUCCAAAGAGCCGAUGCAAACCUCGCGCAGGCAUCCAAAUCCCUUCACGAUUACAUUGCAUCUACCCAAUCCGCUGAAGAAGAACAACUAAAGAAAAUGCGGGAUGAGCUCUUGUCUCAAUCUGCUCAGCAGGAUCAAUCCCACACGGCGGCUGAAGAAUUGCGGCAUCAAGAGCUCCGGGUGCAAAUAGACCAACUCAUGAAAACAGUUGGUGACCAACAGUCCACCAUCGUAGGUCUGGAGCGUAAACUUCAGGAACAAUUGGAAGCCAAAGUGAACUAUGUCGAGAGCUCCUUCCGAGAUAUCGUUAUGCAUCAGAAGACAGUUCACGAGCAGGAGAGCCGGGAAAUGUUGAAAGCAAUACAAGCAUUGCAUUCUUUUGCCAGAGGGUCUAGAGAAGAAGAACGCAAAAAUAGAGAAAUGGUUAGGAAGGAGUUACUACAGGCGAAAAUGGAGCUGCAAAGAGAUGCUGAGGAAGCUCGACGAGACUUGGAAACGCAAAUGAGAAGAAUGACCAAACCGUUCAUAGUGAUUUGACAUUUACAACGGAUGUAUUUAAGCAGAACAGAGUUGUCUGCCACAUAAAUGCUACUACAUAAUAUUCAC